ACAAAAAACAGUGGCAUUAAUAUUUAGAUCUAGAUCUAAAAUAAAAGAAAUGGCAACACUCAAUGUUUGUCAUAGAAAUUCAGGGAAAAUUGAUAGAUUUCAAAUUCCCAUAUCAAGUCUAGAUGAUUCUGUUGAUUCUCUUGCAAUUGAGAUUAGUAAACAGAUUCUAACUGACGGAGUGCAAAGCCCAGAAAAAAGACCAUCAGUUAGACAAAUUCUCAUGCACCUUGAGAUUGCCUCUGCUGAAUUACUUCGGUUCAGUCGGGAGGACUUUUCUGAAUCUCAAGAAAUUUGGAGGAAAGAGAUUCGUGAAAAUUUCCAAAAAAUGAAAGCUGAAGGUUCCAACUUACCACAGCUAGAAGAAGAGCUUAUAAAAAGAAGAAAAGAAGAAUUAAGACAUGCACAAGAUGUCAGAGAGCAUUAUGAAAGCAAGUUGGAGCGUGCUAACAAUUUGUAUAUGGAAUUAACAGCUUGUAUGCUGCAACUGGAAAAGAGAGAACAGGAGCUCAUCAAACGAAAACAACAAUUGACUUUGUACAAUAAACAUAGAAAGAGUAUCGUUCGACCAAUCAUAAAAGCUCAAGAAAAGUUAGAUCGACUUGGUAAAAAACGUACACAUAGGUCAGGGUCUGAAGUCACAACCAUCACUGGACACCCAAACAUCAAACUUAACCCUGCUGGGCUUCAUCCUACUGACCAUGCACCCUAUACUGGGACAUUUAAAUUUUUGAGACCUGCCACUGCAAUCAGGGAGUAUCGAAGUGAAGAUGAAGCUGAUGGCCAAGAGACCAGGUUAACUCAUAUGGAAAACAACAUUAAGAAACGUCAGGAGUGUUGUUGCAGAAACUCAUCCACUUCUGCCACCAGGCACUCACCAAUCUCAAAACACUCACCUCUAAGUAAACACUUACCAGCAUCAAAACAGAACUCUUCAUCCUAUCAAGACAAUAACAUUAAUGAUGUCUGCUUUGGCUGUGAUGGUGGUUGCAGUGAUGCUACUUGUAGCAGCAAACGCUCAUCCCAGGUCAGUGCAGAUGUGGAGAGCACAUUUACCUCCCCUGCUGACAUACUGGAGGAUCAAUCAAAUCUGGUGCAAGAAAAAGACUCAAAUGAAAAUUUAAAUUACCCAAUCAAUAGCUCAGCCACUGAAAGUUGUCAUUUAACAUCUGGUCAACUUGAGGAAUCUCUCCAAGACAGUCCUACUACCAACUCUAACAACAUCCACAGUCUGUGCAACAAUACAACUUUCAACAAUCAACUUCUGGCUGUCAACUCUGGCUUUAAACGUGUACAUAGCAUCACCAAUGCUCCAAAGAAGUUUAGAAAUACAAAGCACUCUGAAGAUUCAUGGUCCAAAGAAGAAGGAGAUGUUAGUGAGGAUGAUGAAUCAAGUAGCCACCCUCCCUGUCACCAGUCUCUCUCAACUCUCAGUUCUGAAGGUGUGUUGUCUGAGGAGGACAUGACUAGCAAUCGCUCUGGUCAUCAAGAUGGCAGUGGCGGUAAUGGCUUGUUGUCUACGGGCAGUGCAGAAAAUUUACAAGCAGAGUUGACAAAGUUUACAAAUAUACCUGAUGGGUUGUCCGACAGGGAGAAGACUGUCAGGAAGAUGAAGAAUAAAGUCAACUCCCAUGACAGAAUAUUUGAAAAAUGUGAUACAGAAACUAGUUCAAGUUCUGAUGAAUGCUCUGACAUGACUGUCUCAUCAACUAUACACAAAACCAGAUCCCUAGAAACUAGUACACACUGGUAGUAGUUUUUCUCUUAGUUCUAUUUCCUCCAGACAGAAGUCAUCAGUUCUAUCUCUUACAAUUAGUCUGUUCAUUUGUUCAGUGAACUGUGCUAGAUAAACAUCAUUCGGACAUCGAUACAGAAGGUUAGACAACCAUUUACAAUGUUUUGUUUGGACAUCCAUCAAGUUGGAUAGACUACCAUUUACGCUGUUUCGCCAUUUGUUUAAAUCAAGCAGUAAACUAGUCCUGUGACUUAAUGGAUUCAAAAUUUCACUAUAACAAAAACAUCUUAAAACACAAAGACAGCAUCUUUGAAUUGCAUUACUUGGUGGAUGUAACAGUGCAUCAAACCAAUGUUUUCACUGCUCUUGGUCUGAGACCACCAUCAAUUGCACAUAAAAGGAUUAAUUUAUCAUUGUGCACCAUCUUUAGAAAUGAGGACCUUCAUGGAAUGCAUUCAGUUUAAAUCUGAAUUGAAGUCAUGUAACAAUUAGUAUUUUCAUUCUCACUCAAUUAAAAAACCUCAACAAUUGACAUGUCGCCACUACAGCAAGUCAGGAGAAACAGAAUUUCUGUGAAAAUGUCUUAAUUUUAUAUCUUUACACUUAAAUAAAUAAAUAAAUUAUUGCUUUAAUAUAGUGCUACUUUCAUGCCUAUAGCAUGCUCAUAAUGCUAUGGUCCAAUCUCAUUCAUGGACCAGUGAGAGGGAAGGGGGUAUCUGUGAGAAGGUUUUCCGUGCUGCCUUUAGGCGCUCAGUAAACACAACUAUGCCUCAGUCAAGUGUCGAACCUCGAGCCCCCUUCAUAGGUAGCCAAGCCAAAUUCAAGCGUCCUUAGCCUCUGGACCACGCUUCCCACUUAGAAUAAACUUUAAUUAUAUUUUUACACUUAGAAUAAACUAUUCAGUUAGUUUGGCUACCAUACACAAAUUGUCUAUCAUUGCCACUGAUACAUCAAGACUAAAGAGUUUUGAUUUUCCUUACUUAUGCUCAUCUUCUUUGCAUUGAUGCGAAUAUGUAAUUUUUUGUGUGGCAUGAUUCUAAUUAUCUUAUACUAAUAGUAAAACUUUAAAUGUUUAUGUAAGCAUCACCUCACCAUAUCCUGAUUGUAUUAUGCUUGUCACAUAUAGAAAAAGUGAAAUGCAUUGCUAUUAGGGAAAAUCAUAUUAUAAUGAUGGCAAAUUGGUGCAUUUUCUGCCAAUAGAAACUUGAUCUAAACUAAAUAAAAGCAUACACUAAAUCAAUGAAUCAAAAGUUGUCAUUUUAUAUCAGAUUUGUCAAUGGUUUAUACAAGUCUAGAAUAACUUUUCAAAGCUAACUCUGAGCCAUUGAUGCAUUGUGUGGAGGAGGAUGAGCAGUAUUUUUUUAAACUUUAUUUUUGUUCUUUUAUGUCCAUUCUAACAGUUCUGUGAACUCAUCCUUUCUAAAACUACCAGCUGUUUCAAUUGAACUAACUGCUUACUGUUUAAUAGGUUUUUAAAAAAAAAAUUACAUUAUUAAUUAUUUUGAUCUAAAUGAGAUUUGAUCAAAGGACAUUAGUACCUUUAGAUUCUAAUUUUGAAAUGUAUUUAGUUAAAUUCUGCUCCAAAUAUUAGUGAUUUUCACACAUUUUUCCAUUUCUCUGGACCUAUUUUUCUAUUUCUAGUAUAAAUAAUCAAUUUGAACAAGUCUAUGUGAAUCUUGUGCAUAUGAAAUUUACCUUCCAAAAUCCCCCUUAACCCCCCUCCCCCGUUUUUUUAUAUAGUUUUAUCAGGGGAGUCAAUAAUAUUUAAACUUCAAUGAGUUACCAAAAUCAUUGUAGAUCAGUUUAAUAAUUAGUACUGUAUCCACUACAUCUGUGGUGAUAUAGUGAUUUUGAAUGGUGGUACUUCAUGUGGGGAUAGAGCCAAUGAUAGAAUCAUCAGAUGUUUGUGAGAACAUUUGGAAAUAAAACUAAGUGGGCCUGUGAAGAAAGGCUUCUAAGUGUAUGAUGCUCAUUUCCUUGCUAUAUAUUUUAAUUUAUUUUUAAAGUGAAUUAACUUUUGCACUAAUGAUUUAUUUCCUUAUGCUAAACUCAGUCUAGCUUCAAUUCAUUGUAGGCCAUCUCUAUAGUCACUUUCUCCACUAUGUAGUUUUAUUACUUCUUUCAUCUUAGGGAAUCCUAUUCAAUAUGUCAUUUAUUAAAUGGCUUCACUUCUGAAAUAAUUUAUAUGUCUGGUAAUUAUUAAUACCAAAUCUCAGAGAUCAGCUCCAACAGCAGAAAUUAUACCAUCAACAACAUUUUAAUACUAUUAAUAUUUUUAAUUGUAUCAAGUCUUACAACAUUGGCAAGAUGUUACAAAUUAUACAUUCAACAGUGAUGUGCCUGGCUGUCUGAAAUUGCGUGUUUUUAUCUCUC